CACGAAAUCGGGAAUGAAGCACCCUACAGCUACAAGAGAGUGAUUUGUUGCGAUAAAAACCAGUCCAUGACGCUUUCUUCCUUGUCCUCUCUCUGAUUCCUUGCCGGCCUGGCUUCCCCUAAAUCGAUAGUCUCGGUCAAUAACAAGGAUUGAUCUCUCUCUCUCUAUCUCUACUCGAUCAAUUAGUCGAUGUUUUGCUAUUCUCUUGUGUUUUAGUUUCUAUGAUCUGGGCACCGAUAAGAUUCCGAUUUGUAGGUGAAUUCAAUACUGGUUCGAUCUCUGGGGAGGUGGGUUUGAUCUUAUUUUCAGAUUGGAUUGGUGGGUCUCAGGCAAAAUUCGGCCUUUUUUCGUUUUGAUUUGAGAUGGUCUAUCUCCAAAAUUCAAUCUCGGUCUGCAACUCCGUUGACCAAACCUCAAACAUGGCAAAUUCCGCGGGUUCAAAUGAAUUGUAUCCGAAAUCAAGGAACAAAAAUCAUGGACACCGGCACAGGAAGACACCCAACUCUCCCAAUUCCCUGAAAGUCCCCGUCUGUGAUCGAUCUCGAUCGGCAGCGGCGAUGGAUGUUAUAAUUCUGAUUGCUGUUAUCGGUGCUUGUGGGUUUUUGUUGUUUCCCUAUAUCAAGUUUCUGGUCAUCAAGACGCUUGAAGGUUGUUCUGUAAUUCAUAAUCUGGUAAAAGGGGCAGUAAUGGAAGAGCCUAUGAUAUAUGGAUCUGUAGGAGCCAGUACUUUUUGUGCAGCUUUAGUUUCUUGGGGAUUACUGAUCUGUACCAGUAGAAAAUGCGGAAAUCGGAAUUGCAAGGGCCUAAGGAAGGCAGCAGAAUUCGAUAUCCAGCUUGAAACAGAGGAUUGUGUGAGGAAUUCCAGCACUUCGAUGAAAGGAGGAGUAAAAAGGGGAUUGUUUGAAUUACCUCGCGAUCACCAUCGCGAGUUGGAGGCAGAACUGAAGAAGAUGGCGCCUCCCAAUGGCAGAGCAGUGCUUAUUUUCCGAGCAAGGUGUGGGUGUUCUGUUGGCAGGUUGGAAGUUCCAGGACCGAAGAAGCAAAGAAAGAUCAAGAAAUAGGAUUCAAUAGUAUGAUUGUUGAUUUCAUAGGGACUCUGAAUGAAUACUGGAAUAGUCAUGGGGGAAAACAGGGGUGAUUCUGUGGUUCAGAGGCCAGAGCCUGUUAAGCUAUAAUGUUCUUAAAUAAGCUCAUGAAGCAGUACGCUUUAGGGAUAAUAAACAAUUGGUUACAGCAUAGAUACAUGAAAAUCAUUUUCUUUCUUACUUCAGUUUAGUGUUUAUAGUCUCUUUCUAUUGAGUU